AAGCAUCCAGCGCAUCUCAUAUAUCAACAGGGGUGCCUUCACACGACUUACACGAUUCACCCCACCCCCGCCAUCAUGACACCUUCAUCAGACCUCAAACUGCUCGAUCUCAUCACCGCCAUUGACAAUGCUCCUCUCGACUUUGCAACAAACUAUGCCCCCUACUACCGUCUCUUUCUCUCACCCGACCCUCGCCCUCAUGGCUUCAUCCUCCCCGCUACAGUCUCCCUAAUGCCAUGGCCUGCAUCCUUCACUAUCGACCACGACCACCGCACUGUCACACUAAGCGAACCUCCAUCUGGCUCAACACUUACAGAGCACGCAAACUCCGCGUUUCAAGAAGCUGUUGAUAAAGCCAUUGGCGAUGACCUGUUUCCUAUUCUGCACAAGGAACACAGUGAGUACUUUCGCAUAGUCGGCGCAAGGGAGUUCGUGCAGGUCGAAAGGUUUGCUGCUCCGUUGUUUGGCAUUGCGACGAGGGGUGCUCACUUGACGGGGUAUGUACGCGGUGAUGAUGGGAACAUAAAGAUUUGGGUUGCGAAACGAAGUCGUCACCUCUUCAGCUACCCUGGUCUUCUUGAUAGUACUGUCGCUGGUGGUAUCAAGGCCAGUGAUACACCACUUGCAUGUAUCAAAGCUGAAUCUACCGAAGAAGCUUGUCUUCCGCCAGAUCUCGUCUCAUCGAGCGUUGAACCCGCGGGAGCGAUAACGCUGGCAAACAUCAACCAGAAGUCAAAGCUAUUCCACUCAGAUAUAAUCUACGUCUUCGAUCUAGAGAUGCCGAAGGAUGUUAUUCCUCGACCGGGAGAUGAUGAAGUGGAGGAGUUUGUGUUGAUGGAUUGUCAGGAGGUGGCACAGCGCAUGUUAGCAGGAGAGUUCAAGCCGAAUGUGUGCCCUGUUAUGAUUGAUUUCUUGGUCAGGAAGGGGUUCAUCACGAAAGAGAAUGAGGAUGACUUUGAGGAGAUCCAGAAGAAGUUGAGGAGGGAGAUUCCUGUGCCGAUGGAGUCUGAUGUGUAG